AUGUCGACCAACGACAUUUUGGACGGCGGUGGUGCGACGGGAGAUGAGAAACAGGGAAUUUCUGUGUCGACAUUCGUCGCUUCUCUGGCGACUGGUGCCAUCGUCUUCGCCAUUGAAGCUCUCUUAUUCUUGAUGCUGAAGGGGAACCUUCGUAGAAUAUACCAACCCCGGACUUAUCUCGUACCAGACCGCGAACGAACUAAACCACCAGCUCCUGGACUAUUUGGUUGGGUGUAUGCUGUGUUCCAAACCACUAACGCUGAAUUUAUCCAGAAAUGUGGGCUCGAUGCUUACUUUUUCCUACGAUACCUUCGGAUGCUUCUGAAAAUCUUUGUGCCGCUUGGUCUGGUCAUCCUUCCAAUCUUGAUCCCUAUAAACAAAGUCGGGGGAAAAGACAACAACGUUGUCAGCAAUACAAACUCUACCACAUGGAACGUGACUGGCAUGGAUCAGCUUGCUUGGGGUAAUAUCACGCCUGAACAUACAGAUCGGUACUGGGCACAUCUCGUACUUGCGGUGCUUUCGAUUCUCUAUGUCUGUGCGGUGUUCUUCGAUGAGUUGCGCGGGUAUAUCAGGCUCCGACAGGCAUACCUGACCUCGCCUCAGCAUAGGCUGAGAGCAUCUGCCACGACCGUGCUUGUUACCGCAAUUCCCAAGAAGUGGUUGUCAGUAGAAGCGUUGACAAAUCUAUACGAUGUAUUUCCUGGAGGGAUUCGAAAUAUCUGGAUCAAUCGUCAACUGGAUGAGUUGAAUGAAAAGGUCAAGCUCAGAGACAAGCUUGCUUUGGCUCUGGAGGAGGCGGAGACCAACUUGAUUGUCAAGUGCAAGAAAGCUCAGAUGAAGAAAGCUAGGGCCGAGGCGAGAAAGGCUGGGAAAAAAGCCACUAAGGAAGAUGAGAAACAAAAAGAGGAAACAGACAAGAAAGCCGCUCAGCUAGCAAUGCAAUCUGGUAUCAGCUCAGGUAACCCUCACCAGGUUGCUCACAAUGUGCAGGAUGCCCUUAAAAAGAACCGCGAGAGUCAAAAUCUGGAAUCGCAACGUCAUCGAAAGAAGAAAUUCAUUCCUCUGGUAGGUGGAGGACUUAACGCUGUUGGCAACGGGGCGAAUGUGUUGGAGAAGAAGUUAGUCGGGGGUAUUAGAAAAGCGAAUCAAGGUGUCGAGCAACGGCUAGAUAAUACUCCUGGAUUUGCCAUUCUACCAGAAGAGUCCAUCUCAAGCAGGGCAAACAGCAAAGAAAUCGAUGACCCCAGAAACCAAUAUCUUCGGCCCAGCUUGGAUAGCCAUGGAGGUUCGGUUAAUUCUGCUCCCGAAGAAGUUGACCAACAGCCAUCAGUUCCAAACCAGGAGCAAAGCUCGCGCCGUCCAGACUGGAGCCGAAAAUCAUCCUCCAACUCAAAAAGAGGAAGCCGGACUCCAGAAGCUGACGAAAUUCCUUUGACAGAAGGAAAGACUAGACAGCCAGGCACGGACAGCAUCAGUGAUGAUAGCACAACGCAGAAGAAAGACGGACAAGAAUAUCGUCUAGCGUAUAAUGAGGACUGGCAAGAGGACUGUGGGGAACCACUGUGGAAAAAGUACAUACGGCAGAAAGAUCGCGAAACGAUGCGCCUGCCUAUAUUCGGGCUUACCUGGAUGCCAUCUAUACCUUUGAUAGGCAAAAGGGUCGACACUAUUGAUUAUUGUCGGAAAGAGGUGGCACGACUCAAUUUGGAGAUUGAAAUCGACCAACAGCAUCCGGAGAAAUUUCCUCUCAUGAACUCGGCUUUCAUCCAAUUCAAUCAUCAGGUAGCCGCUCACAUGGCUUGUCAAGCGGUCAGCCACCACGUACCAAAACAGAUGGCCCCACGAGUGGUAGAAAUCUCCCCGGAUGAUGUUAUCUGGGAUAACAUGUCGAUGAAAUGGUGGGAACGGUACCUACGCAGUGGUGGUAUUUUCAUCGUUGUUUGUGGCAUGGUUGCUGGAUGGGCUAUUCCAGUUGCCUUCACUGGUCUUUUGUCUCAGCUUUCGUACCUUGAAGGACGAUUUUCGUGGCUUGAAUGGCUAUCCAAACUACCCCAUUGGCUCUUUUCAGCUAUUCAAGGUGUCCUCCCUCCCUUGUUCCUCUCCUUAUUGAUGGUCCUCCUGCCGGUGAUUCUUCGAUUUUUAUCCCAAACCCAGGGCCUACAAACAGGCAUGUCGGUGGAGUUGAUGGUUUCGAAUUACUACUUUGCAUUCCUUUUCGUCCAGCUGUUCCUUGUCGUGGCUAUCUCAUCUAGUUUCUCAACACUGAUCGACUCAGUUACCAACAUCACGGGAUGGCCGGAACUUCUCGCCGAAAACAUUCCCAAGUCUAGUAAUUAUUUCUUCUCGUACAUGAUCCUUCGAGCCAUGUCUGUCAGUGCUGGUGCCCUCGCGCAGAUUCUCAAUCUGAUCAAGUGGUUUAUCCUUGGUCCUCUAUUUGACAAUACAGCAAGGAACAAGUGGGCGCGGACUACUGACCUGCAUACGAUGAGAUGGGGAAGUUUUUUCCCGGUGUAUACUACUCUAGCAUGCAUUGGUCUCAUUUACAUCAUUGUCGCUCCACUGAUCGUUAUAUUCAUCAUUGCCACAUUUGCUCUUUUCUGGUUCGUGUACCGAUAUAACACGCUCUAUGUCACGAAAUUUCGGUUCGAUACAGGCGGACUUUUGUUUCCUAAGGCCAUCAACCAGAUGUUCACUGGAUUGUAUGUCAUGGAACUGUGUCUGAUCGGUCUUUUCUUCCUUGUGCGCGAUGAGCACGACCGAGUGGCUUGCCAAGGCCAGGCGAUUGUAAUGAUUAUCGUCUUGAUACUCACAUUGGGCUAUCAGUACUUCUUGAACGAAGCUUUCUCCCCACUCAUUCGUUAUCUUCCAAUCACAUUAGAGGAUGACGCUGUUCGCCGAGACGAGGAAUUCGCCAGAGCGCAGCGCAUUCGACACGGUCUGCCAGUUGAUGAUGAAGAUGAAGAGGAUACUAGAGGCGGGCUAUCUUCUACUCCGCGACAGGCAGGAUACGACGAGCGUGAUUUUGGAACAGAUAGGAAGGAAAUCGAGCUUCAAGACAUAAACCGAGACAGCAUGGAUGAACAGCGAAGGGAUUAUGAUGACUUCUUGACCAGAAACAUCCACCCACUAACGCACACGGGUAAACGAGCCUCGGGAAUGACAGCUGUCUCAUGGGCAGAUAGAUCUCGAAACCGUCGUUCGAAAUACUUCGGCACAAACUCAGGAUACGAUGUGCCCAGUAUCGAAAAACUGCGUCAACAACUCGCCUACGAAGCCGAAGACGAAGAGAAGAGAGGCACAGGCACAAACCCUGUCGGUCGCGCGCUUUUCGCGGGCAUUCAUGACGAAUUAGAAGAUCUCACACCCGACGAACGCGAUCAACUCGUGCAACGAGCUUUCCAGCACGAAGCGUUACGCGCAAAGAGACCUGUGAUAUGGAUCCCCCGUGAUGACCUGGGGGUAAGCGAUGAUGAGAUUUAUUCUACCCAACGGUUCAGUAAACAUUUAUGGAUUAGUAAUGAGUAUCAGGCGUUGGAUGGGAAGUGUCGGACUAUUUUUAGUCGAAGUCCGCCUGAUUUUUCGGAGGUUGAUUUGAUUCAACUAUGAUAUGACUGUUUUUUCCAUCUGGUUUUCUCUCUUUUAUGCAUAUUCAAUUAGCGAGCUUGAACAUUAGCGUAUUAGCGUUCGUUUACCUGUCAGUUAGGAUUAGCGUUAGACAUUGUACAAAUCUGAAUACCCUUAACUACU